AUGCAAUCGGAACGGUCAUUUCAAGAUCACGAGUGUAACAUGGGCCAUUCCAAGCGGCCAAAGAUAUUCGAUAUGGCUCACGGCAGCGGCAGUCAUACAGCUCACGUUACACGUUAUUCAUUCCGCCGUCAAGAUUACACGAUUGCCUGGGUUUGCGCACUUUCUUUGGAAUUGGCGAGUUCUCGAGCCAUGUUAGACGAGGAACACCCCUCGCUUCCCGUUGAUCGUGGAGACAGCAAUUCGUAUGUGCUAGGACGGAUGGGCGAGCACAACGUUGUCAUGGCGUGUUUACCUGGGCAGUACGGAACGAACAACGCAGCAAUCGUGACAACAAAUUUAAACCGGAGUUUUCCUCAAAUCCGUGCUACCUUGAUGGUCGGCAUCGGCGGCGGAUCUCCUAGCCAGGCCGAUUUAUAUCUGGGCGACGUUGUUGUUGGUAUUAGGGUAAUGCAGUAUGACCUGGGCAAAUUGACCGCGAACGGCGGCUUUCAAGGAACGGCUGACGCGAAGACUCCUGCAAAAGUGCUGGACCAUGCUGUGUCUCUUCUAAAAUCGUUGCCCGAUCCAGGCAGUCAGAUAAAGAGCAUCCUGAUCGAAAGGCUUCCGAAUAUCUCUCGGCCGACUUACCCCGACCGUCUUUUCCAGGCAUCCUAUGAACAUCCUCUAGGUGCACCCACAUGUGAUGAGUGCGAUACGGAGAAGCUGCAGUUGCGAAGAGCACGCCUCUCUACCGAGCCCAAGGUCCACCAUGGAGUCAUCGCUUCGGGCAACUUGGUCAUGAAAAACGGAAAAGCACGGGAUGAUAUUGCUCAGCUUCACACUGCGUUGUGCUUUGAGAUGGAGGCAGCAGGUAUGAUGGACCACUUUCAAUGCUUACCGAUCCGCGGCAUAUGUGACUACUCGGAUUCCCACAAGAACAAGGAAUGGCAAGACUAUGCUGCUGCAACUGCGGCGGCAUAUGCGAGGGCGUUAUUGAAGGUUCUCCCGCCCGUGAUUAGAGAGCUUGACCAACAUGUGGCGGGCCACGGCAAAGCCAGCAAUCCUGAUACCACAGACGAAGAACGCUUGGAACGACGGGAGCGAUUACUAAAGUCCCUGGGCUUCCCAGAAAUGAAUUCUCGCAGAACCACUGUCGAGGCUGCUUAUGCGAAAACCUGUCGCUGGAUCAUGCAGCACUCGGAGUACCAAAAUUGGAUCAACCCGGAAAUGCAAUGUCAACACCAUGGGUUUUUAUGGAUGCGAGGCAAGGCGGGUGCCGGAAAGUCGACCAUGGUGAAAUUCAUUUUCUCGGAAAUGAAGAGAAAUUGCACCGAACCCAACAUGGCUACCGCAUCUUUUUUCUUCCAUGCACGGGGAGACUACCUGGAAAGAUCUAUCAUCGGGGUGUAUCGAUCCCUACUAUUUCAGCUACUCACAAAGUUUUCAGAUCUUCAGUUGGUCCUUGAUGAUACUGACAUCAUUCCGUGGGACCAGGAAGCUUGUCCCAAUCUGAACAUUUUGAAAGAGCUUCUUCGAAGUGCUGUGAUGGCCCUGGGACAGCGCACCUUCACCUGUUUCAUUGAUGCUCUCGACGAAUCCGACGAAGAAGAUGUGCGGGACAUGGUUCACUUCUUUGAAGAUCUGGCAGAACAGACUACCGAAACUGGUAUCCGAUUCCGGAUCUGCAUGUCAAGUCGGCCAUAUCCUUAUAUUGACAUUCGCAAGGGAAUCUUGCUUACCCUCGAGAAUGAAGCAGGACACCGAGAUGACUUGGCACAGUAUGUCGAAAAUCAUCUGAGAAUCACAAAUACAGCGCUGCUUGAGGAAAUUCAAGCAAAGAUUUUGGGAAAGGCUGAUGGGAUUUUCAUGUGGGUUGUAAUGGUAGUGGGCAUUCUGAAUAAGGAAAACAGUCACGGCGGCCUUGCUCUCAGAAGGAGGAUUUCGGAAUUCCCGGCCAAAUUAGGCAAUCUUUUCAAAAGUAUAUUGACACGUGAUCAAGACAGACCGGAAGAGCUGUUGCUCUGCGUUCUCUGGGUGCUUUGCGCAAGGCGGCCCUUAAGCCCAAGAGAGUUCCAGCAUGCUCUAUGGGCAGGUUUGUCAGAGCAGGGUUUGGUGGAUCCCGACCUACCAAGUAACACAGAAAUGGAUGCUGUCAGACUAGUCACGAGUUCCUCCAAAGGGCUUGCUGAGAUCACAAAAUCCAAGGAACCCAAAGUGCAGUUUAUUCACCAGUCAGUAUCGGACUUCUUGGUGAAGGAAAAGGGACUGCAAAACAUGUGGCCUGAACUUGGAUUCGAUUGGGAGGGCACCAGCCACGAAAGGCUCAAGCGUUGUUGCGCUACGUACUUGUCCAUUCCAAAAGUUCAAAAGCUCAUAAAGAGGCCCAGGUCCAAAAAAGAAGAGCGCGUUAUGGCUGAAAAAUAUCCAUUUCUAGAUUAUGCCACCCAGCAAGUUCUCCACCAUGCUGACAUGGCUGCACUUGUUGUUUCCCAGGAUCACUUUUUGCAGUUUGUCUUUUCUUCAGCUGGGAUUGGACUGAUUAAAUUCUUUGAGAGACACAAACCGUGGGCGUACAGCACUCGCGUUGCCCCGCUCUAUGUCCUGGCUGAUAAAGGGCUUGGAAACCUCAUUCGCAUACAGAUGAAAAGGGAGAGGGCCGUCUACACUACUCAUGAAAGGCAUGGGUACCCUUUCUUUGCAGCGUUAGCCAAUGUUCACAAAGAUGCCGUCGCCGCACUUUUGUGUUUACCUUCCAUUACUUGUGAUGGCGUUGAUAUAAUGGCAGGUUUGAGCCACGGGGGAUAUUUGGCGGAAUCCGAAGGCCGAACGCCAUUAUCCUGGGCUUCCCAAGAGGGCAGGCUCGGUAUUGCUAAGGCUCUGGUGGAGGCAGGAGCAGAGAUCAAUGAAGUAGACCCAAAAGGCCAUACUCCUCUUCGACGGGCAUCAAUAAAGGGGCAUGAGGCCGUGGCGAGCUUCCUUGUCGGGAAAGGGGCAGAUAUGGAUUCUAGGGAUGAUAGGGAACAUACGGCACUUUCAUGGGCCAUAAGGGAAGGGAAAGAGGCUGUGAUGCGGUUCCUUAUUGAAAAGGGGGCAGACAUUAAUACUCGAGAUAAGGACGGAUACACAUCACUUUCGUGGGCCUCAAAGAACGGGAAGUUGGUUAUCGUAAAACAUCUUAUUCGGAACGGGGCAGAUAUAAACACUCAAGACAUGUAUGGAAACACAGCACUUUCAUGGGCAGUGAGGCAGGGGAAACAGGCUGUGGCGAAGCUUCUUAUUGAGAAGGGGGCAAAUAUAAACAUUUGA